GUCAACGUUCGAAAUUCACCAACAAAUUCACGCCCACGAUUCAGCGAAGCCGCAUCCAGCUUUUUUAAUGAACCGUAUGUGCACCAAUAAGAACCUAAUGAUGCUUAUCAUUGCAAUGACAACACUAUUUUGCCUGCUACAGCUUGGGGAUACCCUCCCUUCCAUUGGACACUACGGCAAAAGAUUCGAUCCAAUGAGCGGAAUUGAUUACAUACAGAUUUGCCUCAACAACUGUGCUCAGUGCAAGAAAAUGUUUGGGGAUUACUUUCAGGGCCAGACGUGUGCCGAAUCUUGCCUUAAGUUCAAAGGCAAAGCCAUACCAGACUGUGAAGACAUUGGAUCCAUAGCUCCGUUUCUCAAUGCACUUGAAUAGACGCAUUUAAUAUACGUUCGCAUUAGUAUAAAUCGCUUAUCGAACGAUUUGGUGAUGACCAUGGUACCCUGAAACUGGAUAGCUCUAAAUAAUUUUAUAACUUGAACUACUUAUCCAAAGAUUCAAAUCUUUGAUAUGUUUAGCCUAAUAUUACCAAAGAAAUUCUUAUUAUUAAACAAUUUUAUACUAAUAACUAAAGAAUAAACACAAGCAAUUAAAUCGUUA